UCAGUUAAAUAUGUUUCCUCUUGCUUGAAAAGCACCCACGCCACCCUGAGUUUUUUCAACCAUGCAGAAGCUCCCGGCUAAGAUGAGGGGUAGACAAAGCUUAGUACAUCUUCUUCUGGCAUUCAUCCUCCUUGCAGUUGCAGCUUCAAACUCCCAUUUCUCCAAUCCUAUCACGGUUCAAGCGGUAGAAACAGUGGUGAUCACAGCUGCAUUCAGGCAUGGAUCUGCAGAGCCCGGAUCUCACCCCUCCUCUGGAUCCACUUUGGCUAUUUGGGAGAACACCAGAAAAAUGACCCAGGGUAGGAAGACCCAUAAAGUUCCAUCCGGACCCAGCCCAGUUGGAAACCGGCAUCCACCAACUAGGCCAUGAAUGGAUGAAGUACACUUCUUCUGUCUUGCAAGUAGAAGAGAUUGUAUUGAUGUUCCUGUAGCUGAAGAAGGUGAAGUGUUUUUAAAUUUGGAUGACUCUUGAUGUCUGAAGUACUCUAUUGUAGCAGGGUGAAAUUUAUAUGCAAAUUCAGAU